AUGCAGUGCUACAGCUUCAUUAAGAGCAUGAUGAUCUUAUUCAAUUUUCUCAUCUUCCUGUGCGGUGUGGCGCUGCUGGCCGUGGGGAUCUGGGUGUCAGUGGACGGGCCGUCCUUCCUGGAGAUCUUCGGGCCGCUGUCUUCCAGCGCCAUGCAGUUUGUCAACGUGGGCUACUUCCUCAUCGCAGCUGGCGCGGUGCUCUUCGCUCUCGGCUUCCUGGGCUGCUACGGCGCCCACACCGAGAACAAGUGUGCCCUCAUGAUGUUCUUCCUCAUCCUCCUCGUCAUCUUCAUUGCCGAGGUCGCAGCUGCUGUGGUCGCCUUGGUGUACACCUCAGUGGCGGAGCACUUCCUGACGUUGCUGGCAGUGCAGACCAUCAAGAAGGACUACGGUUCCCAGAAAGACUUCACACAAGUGUGGAACAGCACCAUGGAAGGGCUCAAGUGCUGUGGCUUCAACAACUACACGGAUUUCGAGGACUCUCCCUUCUACACAGAGCACAACGCCUUCCCCCCAUACUGUUGCUCUAAUGGUGCCAAUAGCACGGAACCCUGCACCAAGAAGAGGGCCGAGGACAAUCCUGUACAGGGUUGCUUCGAUCAGCUUCUGAGUGACAUCCGAACCAACGCAGUCACCGUGGGUGGCGUGGCGGCCGGAAUCGGAGGCUUGGAGCUGGCUGCCAUGAUUGUGUCCAUGUAUCUGUACUGCAAUUUGAAAUAA